UUUAUCAACGUCCCCUUGCAUCCUUCCUUCAACGUCCCCUCACAUCCUUCCUUCUUCAUCAACGUCCCCUCACAUCCUUCCUUCUUCAUCAACGUCCCCUCGCAUCCUUCCUUCUUCAUCAACGUCCCCUCGCAUCCUUCUUCAUCAACGUCCCCUCGCAUCCUUCCUUCUUCAUCAACGUCCCCUGGCAUCCUUCUUCAUCAACGUCCCCUCACAUCCUUCCUUCUUCAUCAACGUCCCCUGGCAUCCUUCUUCAUCAACGUCCCCUCACAUCCUUCCUUCUUCAUCAACGUCCCCUCGCAUCCUUCCUUCUUCAUCAACGUCCCCUCGCAUCCUUCCUUCUUCAUCAACGUCCCCUUGCAUCCUUCCUUCAACGUCCCCUCACAUCCUUCCUUCUUCAUCAACGUCCCCUCGCAUCCUUCCUUCUUCAUCAACGUCCCCUUGCAUCCUUCCUUCAACGUCCCCUCACAUCCUUCCUUCUUCAUCAACGUCCCCUCGCAUCCUUCCUUCUUCAUCAAUGUCCCCUCACAUCCUUCCUUCUUCAUCAACGUCCCCUCGCAUCCUUCCUUCUUCAUCAACGUCCCCUCACAUCCUUCCUUCUUCAUCAACGUCCCCUCACAUCCUUCCUUCAUCAACGUCCCCUCACAUCCUUCCUUCCUUCAACGUCCCCUCGCAUCCUUCCUUCUUCAUCAACGUCCCCUCACAUCCUUCCUUCUUCAUCAACGUCCCCUCACAUCCUUCCUUCUUCAUCAACGUCCCCUCACAUCCUUCCUUCAUCAACGUCCCCUCACAUCCUUCUUCAUCAACAUCCCCUCACAUCCUUCCUUCUUCAUCAACGUCCCCUUGCAUCCUUCCUUCUUCAACGUCCCCUCACAUCCUUCCUUCUUCAUCAACGUCCCCUCGCAUCCUUCCUUCUUCAUCAACGUCCCCUCACAUCCUUCCUUCUUCAUCAACGUCCCCUCACAUCCUUCCUUCUUCAACGUCCCCUCACAUCCUUCCUUCUUCAACGUCCCCUCACAUCCUUCCUUCUUCAUCAACGUCCCCUCGCAUCCUUCUUCAUCAACGUCCCCUCACAUCCUUCCUUCUUCAUCAACGUCCCCUCACAUCCUUCCUUCUUCAUCAACAUCCCCUCGCAUCCUUCCUUCUUCAUCAACGUCCCCUCGCAUCCUUCCUUCUUCAUCAACGUCCCCUUGCAUCCUUCCUUCUUCAACGUUCCCUCACAUCCUUCCUUCUUCAUCAACGUCCCCUCACAUCCUUCCUUCUUCAUCAACGUCCCCUUGCAUCCUUCCUUCUUCAUCAACGUCCCCUCGCAUCCUUCCUUCUUCAUCAACGUCCCCUCGCAUCCUUCCUUCUUCACCAACGUCCCCUCGCAUUCUUCCUUCUUCAUCAACGUCCCCUCGCAUCCUUCCUUCUUCAUCAACGUCCCCUCACAUCCUUCCUUCUUCAUCAACGUCCCCUCGCAUCCUUCCUUCUUCAUCAACGUCCCCUCGCAUCCUUCCUUCUUCAUCAACGUCCCCUCGCAUCCUUCCUUCUUCAUCAACGUCCCCUCGCAUCCUUCCUUCUUCAUCAACGUCCCCUCACAUCCUUCCUUCUUCAUCAACGUCCCCUCGCAUCCUUCCUUCAUCAUCAACGUCCCCUCGCAUCCUUCUUCAUCAACGCUGCCUUGUCUUUCAGAUGACCAGGAAUACGUGUUUUUGGAGAAAUACGAACACAUUAAAACAAAAUGUUUACAAAAUAAAUUGGUGUUACCGGGGAAAUUGGCAAAAUUAA